UGAAGCCAUUCGGCAAUCGACCCACAGCCCAAUUACAUAUAUAAAUGCUUUACUUCCCUCGUCUUCUUCCUUUUCAAUUCCAUCAUAUCUCUGUCCACCAUUUUUGCACCUCCCAAUGAUAAGAUGGCAAAGCAGGGGAGUUCAGUUUUUCUCGAAGACUGGUUGAAGAGCAUCGGCGGUAUUGCUAACUCCAAACCCACUUCCUCUUCUGCUCGAGAAAUUAUCCAAGCGUGGGCUGAGCUUAGAAGCUCUUUGGAGCAUCAAUUCUUCGAUGAUCGUCACAUUCAAUCCCUUAAAAUUCUUGUUAACUCUCAGUCUUCACUCUAUGUUGCAGACCCUCAAGCUAAGUUGGUGAUUUCUUUACUUUCUUCUCCUAAUUUCUCUAUUUCUGAUGAAUCCUAUCCCCUCUUUUUGAGGAUUCUUUAUAUCUGGCUCAGAAAAUCUCUCCGACCCUCUUUAGUUCUUGUCGAUUCAUCCGUUGAGGUUCUCUCUCAGAUUUUCUCUUCCAAAAUUGAAUUGCGGAAGAACCCUUUGUUUAUCUCUGAAGGCGUUUUAGUUUUGGGUGCAAUUUCGUAUCUGCCUUCAGCUUCAGAAAAAUCAAAAUUAUGCUGUUUGGAGUUGCUUUGCAGGGUUUUGGAAGAAGAUUACCUACUGGUUGGAGGGAUAGUUCCAGAAUUUCUUGCGGGGAUUGGUUAUGCUUUUUCUUCAUCAGUAAAUGCUCAUGUUGUUAGAUUGUUAGAUUCUUUGUUAGGAAUUUGGAGUAAGGUAAAUGGCCCUAUCGAUACUCUUUCUAGUGGGUUAAUGAUUCUUCACAUGAUUGAAUGGGUGACCUCUGGUUUGAUUAAUCUUCAUUCUUUUGAGAAAUUAGAUGUUUUUAGCCAUGCGACUUUAGUGUCUUCAAAGGAAAGUUAUGCUUCAUUUGCUGUUGUAAUGGCUGCAGCUGGAAUAUUGAGGGCUUUUAAUACUUACAAAGGCUUGUUGAGUAGUUCAGAAAGAGAAACGAUAUCUAGAAUAAGGAUUUCAGCUCAGGAUUGCUUAGAAUCUAUAGCAAGGAAUUUUAUUUCUACUAUGGAAGGAUCUUCAAUUACAGGCAAUGACCAUAGAAGGAGCGUGCUUCUAUUGUGUAUUUCAUUGGCAAUAGCACGUUGUGGCCCAGUGUCAGCUCGCCCGCCUGUGCUCAUUUCCGUUGUUUAUGCUUUGUUGACUGAAAUAUUUCCUUUGCAGCGUUUAUAUGCCAAAAUCAAUGAAUUUUCUUUUUCCGAGUUGAGUGUUUUGGGGCUUACUCUAGUGAAAGAGCAUCUGGGUAGUAUUCCUUUUAAGGAAGCCGGGGCCAUUGCUGGUGUUCUUUGCAGUCAGUAUGCUUCACUUGGGGAAGAGGAAAAAAGUAUUGUGGAGAAUCUUGUAUGGGAUUACUGUCGAGAUGUCUACUCAAGGCACAGACUAGUCAAUUUGGUGCUUCAUGGUAGAGAGGAUGAAUUACUAGAGAGUAUCGAGAAAAUCGCAGAAUCUGCUUUUCUCAUGGUAGUAGUUUUUGCAUUAGCUGUCACAAAAGAAAAGUUAGGUUCCAAAUAUACACUAGAAAGUCAGUUUGACGUAUCGGUAAAAAUACUUGUUUCAUUCUCUUGUAUGGAAUACUUUCGGCGUAUUCGCUUGCCAGAAUAUAUGGAUACUAUCCGAGGUGUUGUUGGAAGCAUUCAGGGGAAUGAGUCUGCCUGUGUCUAUUUCAUUGAGUCAAUGCCCACAUACCAAGAUCAAACGAAUGGCCCUGAUAACUCUAUUGGGCAGAAAAUACAAUAUUCCUGGGCGAAGGACGAAGUGCAAACUGCACGUAUGUUGUUUUAUAUACGAGUCGUUCCAACUUGCAUCGAGCAUGUUCCUACUCAAGUGUAUGGGAAGGUGGUAGCUCCAACAAUGUUUCUAUAUAUGGGACAUCCAAAUUCAAAAGUUGUCCGUGCUUCACACUCUGUGUUUAUAGCUUUCAUGUCCGGGAAGGAUGACAUUGACGAUGAAAAGAGAACAACAUUGAAGGAGGAGCUUGUUUUCUACUACAUCGAGAGAUCUUUAUCGGGGUAUCCUGGCAUUACACCAUUCGAGGGCAUGGCUUCAGGAGUUGCUGCUUUGGUGCGAUAUCUUCCUGCAGGAAGUCCAGCAAUCUUUUAUUGUAUUGACAGUCUUACUGUAAAAGCUACAAGCCUUUGCAGUGAAAACUUCAUGGAUGAUGGAGAUUUGUGGAAGACUUGGCAAGGAGACUUGGAGCCUUCCAAGAAAAUUUUAGACAUGCUAUUACGGCUCAUUUCUCUCGUUGACAUACAGGUCCUACCAAGCUUGAUGAAGAGUUUAGCACAACUAAUCAUCAAGUUACCAACAGAAGGCCAAAAUCUGAUUCUUGAUCAGUUAUACUCUCUGGUUUCGGAAGCCGAUGAUGUCACCCGUAAACCUAUGUUAGUCUCAUGGCUACAGUCGUUAUCUUAUCUUUGUUCCCUAUCUAAGAGUGCAGAGGCACAUUCUAAUGAGAAGCAAAGUUUGAAGCAAAGUACACGGCUUGCAAACUUUGCAUGGCUUAUUGACCCAUUGAACCGUAUUCGAUCCUAUGCACGACUUUGAGGUUUUGUCAUCAGAACUUGCUUGCCGGGAGCACAUAUUUCAAUCAAGCUACUGUCCCAAGUUAAUCUGAGGACAGCACUCCAUUUUAGUCAAACUGCAAAGCGUGUAAGAUGAAAGAAGCUUUGAAACAUCCCCAGUCUCAGUCUUUCAGUAGAGUUCUUUCCAAUUCUUUUUGUUACCUUAAAUGGAAUUGUUUACAAAACAAAAGGCUGCACUAAAGAGGCCGAACCAUAACAGACAAGAAGCCAUUCGACGCAAUUCCAGCAUAGGUACUUUUAUGAAAUAGUCAACCCAUUCUUAUGUUAUUUAUCGAACGAGAACCACACGUUCGCAUCAAGGCAUUGCAGCUGAUCUUUUAUUCCAUUAUAUUGAAGUCUCCCUCAACUAGAAUGGAAGGGCUGUGAUCAGUCUCUCCAACCAUCCAUUUUUUUUUCCACUGGUAGAGGAAUAAGAGCGUGUGUGUGUGUAAUAUAAUGUUAUAAUGUUAUGAUUAUUUUGUUUAUGUCAAUCCACUAGGGAAGAAGUAACCCUCAUUUAUGUAUAUAUUAGCCUUUUCCUUGCUUGUUCCAUGAUCUGACUCACGACUCAUGAUGUUCCAUGAUCUGACUAUGUAUUAUUUUCUUGCUUGCUACUUCCUCUCCACUUCUGUUAAUUUCACAAGAAUAAGAUGGUGUUCCUCCUUCCUGUUUAUGUUA